GAUCGAGUCAUCCAUCAUUCAUCUCAUUCACCACCAUCAUCAAUCAUCUCCAUCCCUUUUCAUCACCAUCUUGUCCUACAACCGUCUCCCAGCGCUAGAAGACGUCGAUCAGUUUUGACGGCCACACCAAUAAUGCUGGCUACUACGCCAGCCUUGAGCUCCCAGAGGGCACCUGGUCCUACACCAACCCCUAUGCGACGGCAACAAGCAGAUCUUUGUCUACUUUGACUCCGUGCACUAUUGGAAGAACAUCUACAGCAGCUUUCACAACAACGGCUGAAUGGUGCUGCCCAGGUGUCCUGGGGCUGAAGAGCCUGAGAGGAUGAGUACAGCCCGAUUCUUAAGCCUGAAGGUGCUGACCAGGUGGUCCGUCGAGGCCGGCACAAGUUGACCCAGAUGGUGCCGGUGCGCUCUUCGAGUUGCAGAGCGCGGGGUCAUCAUGGCGGUCGUCAACGCCAACACCGGGCUGAGGCUCCUCUCCAUGACCACGGGGACACGGAGACUGGCCGGGCGGUCCUCAAGCGGCCAUUUCUCCCCAUGGCCCACAUGGCGUCCAUUGGAAUGUCGCUGUGGGACUCCCUGAUGUGCCAGAAACACAAGAGCACCUACUGGAGUUCCUGGUGGUCCCUCUUCAACUGUUUUGGUGCGAAUUUCUCCAAGGAUUUGACUUCAGUAGCUAGGAAGAACAAGGCCUUGGAUUUGGCCGACCGGCAGAAAAAGGUGCAGAGUCGAGGAGGGCAGGAAGGAGACGGUGAGGAAGAGGGACGAGGUGACCAGAAAACGCAAGGCAUAGAAAGAGGCUGUGAUUUUUGAAAGACGAGGCUCACAUCCUGGUAACGCCACAUCAAUUAUUUGCACUGCCUGAAUUAUAAGACUAUCUCAUACGCAUUUUAUAUUUGUUUAUUUAGAUUUCAUACUUGCAUGUCACUUUUGAGAUUUGAACUUAUUUUUACCCUGCACUGUAAAGGGAGAUGUUCCACAUUUUCAUUGUUCAACUGUAUAAUGAUCAUAAAGGGCUAUUCUAGUUGUGAUUGUAUAUAGAAUUCAUUUACAAUCUAUAUAUUAUCAUUGAUUUUGUAUGUUUUCCUCAAGUAUUAAGUUUCUGAUGUUAAAUUGAGUGAUUUAUUAGCUGUUGAAAACUAAGCAGUAAAUAAAAAAAAAGUUGCUAUUUUAGGCAAAAACACAUAUGAUAUGUUAAAUAUUGCUAUUGAUCCUGAUAAUAUAGGUAAUUAUCUCAGCAUUUGGUGAUUUUUGUGCAACUAAUGUAAAAUCUGAGAAUUUUAUAGCCAUUUUAAAUUUUGCUAUUCUUUUAGAAUAAAUAAUCGGGAUUUUAUAAGCGAACGACUUUGAAUUUUUUGAUGCCACUGUUCAUGGACACUCACAUAUGGCUAAGGUUUUGGUUUUAGGUCAGUAGCAGCUUUGGUUUUGAAAAUAUUUGAAGUUUUUGAAAAUAGGCCCCCUACGGAUCGACCCUGCGCCCUGCGUCAUGUCAAGUAUUAUGAAGUCUAUGCUACAACGACGGAAAGGUUCAAAAACUGACACGGACGGCACACGUCGGUCGGUCGUCGGAACUGACUGACAAAUCUUCAGAAUGCGCAAAUUGAAAAUACUGUACUGUAUGUGAGGAAGUCCUUGAACUUGAACCGUGAGUCAACACGGCCUGGCCACGCCCCCUCCAACGCGAUUGGCCAACCUUGAGCGGAGUUCAGGGUUCUGAACUCGCAUGUCCACAUUUUUUCUUUACCGCUGCUUUAGUUGAACUUUCGUCGUCCUCAGGUGAGCCCUGACCUGAUGAUAUUUCUUAUGUUUUUAGCUGAUGACAUUUGAUAUUGCGUGCUACGCUGGGGUCUAAAUCGGCAAGUUAGUGUUAUAGUGCUACCUCUGGUGGACAAGAUGUGCAAUAACUUGAUGUGUGUGGCUCCUUAGUCUGACAGUGGUCGUAAUUGACAAGUGGAUGAAGACAGAAAACGGAUCAUUCUAUUGGCUCCUAAGUGCAAAAUUUAUGCUUGAUCAUAGUCAUGAACUCGUAUCAUUUAGAUGGAACACAAUUACAAAAGUCGACAGGAAAACAUGUUUCGCAGCCUGUGUGUGGAAUGACUCAUACUGUACACAAUUUGGAUCGCUCUGCAAAUGCAGCGAUGUUGUCCAUCCCGGAGCUGAUCAAGAAGAAGCGAGACGGCGGCGAGCUGAGUGACAGUGACAUCAAAACCUUCAUGGAGGCCGUGACCAGCGGGAGCAUCCAAGACUGCCAGACGGGCGCCAUGCUGAUGGCCAUCUGGCAGCAGGGCAUGGAUGCGCGCGAGACGGCGACGCUGACCAAAGAGAUGAUGCUGUCUGGGGAAGUGAUGUCGUGGCCCCCGGAGUGGGCGGGGUUGCUGGUGGACAAGCACUCUACGGGUGGCGUGGGCGACAAAGUUAGCCUGGUGUUGGCCCCCGCCCUCGCCGCCUGCGGAUGCAAGGUGCCCAUGAUCAGCGGGCGAGGCUUGGCCCACACUGGAGGCACCUUGGACAAACUGGAGUCUAUUCCCGGGUUCAGCGUCUACCAAACAGCUGAGCAGGUGCGCACCAUCCUGAGCGAGGUGGGCUGUUGCAUCGUGGGUCAGACGGAGACGCUGGUUCCCGCCGACCGUGUCCUCUACGCCACGCGUGACAUCACCUGCACCGUGGACAGCCUGCCGCUCAUCACGGGCUCCAUCAUCUCCAAGAAAGGCGCCGAGUCGCUGACGGCGCUCGUCCUGGACGUCAAGUUCGGCCGCGCCGCGCUCUACAAAGACUUGGACGGUGCCAAGGAGCUGGCGCGCCUCUUGGUGAAGGCGGGGAACGACUUGGGCAUGCGGACGGGCGCGGUGCUGAGCCGCAUGGACGGCGUGAUCGGUCGCAGGGUGGGUAACGGUCUGGAGGUCGUCGAGGCCCUGGAGACGCUCAAGGGGGACGCGCUGCCGGACCUCAUGGAGUUGGUCGUCACUUUGGGCGGCCUCCUGCUGUACAUGGCGGGCCUGGCGGCCGACCGAUCGGAAGGCGGACGGAAGAUUUUUCGGGCCGUGGCGAGCGGAGACGCGUUGCAGAAAUUUCGGGCCAUGAUGGAGGCUCAGGGCGUCUCCCGGGAGACGGCCCGGGAGCUGUGCUCGCCGGACGUCGACUACUUCAAGAUUCUCAGGAAGGCCCGGCAUCAACUCGAACUGACCGCCGGCCGUGAUGGCGUGCCGGUGGACGUGGACGGUUUGCUUUUAGCGCAAGUGCUGCAUAAAUUGGGGGCCGGACGUUCCAAGGCCGGACAGCCUGUCAAUCACAGCGUGGGGGCGGAGUUACUGGUCCCCUUUGGCCAGAAGGUCACCAAAGGCACUCCGUGGCUGCGGGUGCAUUACGAAGAGCCGGCUCUCUCUCCAGAGCAGAUCCGGCGACUGCACGACGCUCUCGUCUUGGAAUCAAGUACCGACCGGCCAAUGCCAUCUUUGGUGCAAGAGGAUCUGACAUCGGCAUUUGAACGAGACGGCGAUCAUGAUGAAGCCCCCAGCUCGGCGUCGCCGGCCCCCCAGCCAGCGCCAUGCACGCUAAAUCGCCGCCGGCCUCCCCCUAAUCCUCCCGACGCUCCUCUUCCUCUAGCUUCUCCGUCGUUCGGCCGCCGCCAGCCCUCCUCACGCGGACGCCAUCACGCAGACGAGGAAGAGGACGGCGAGGGAGGAGGAGGAAGAGGAGGACGAGGAGGGGGAGGGCGCUGCAGAUGUGGAGCGCCGCCAUGAAAUGAGAAGGGGGAGGGGGAGCCUGAUCCCGCGGCGUGAUGACGGUGAGGAGGAAGCGCAUCAAAAUGGAAUGAAUGCAAAAGAUCACCUUAACUCCUUCAGUGCCAUUGACCAUCAUAUAGACGUCUAAUCAAAGGAGUUGAUCCUAGUAAUCAACACUCAUUCGCUGCCAGCCCUCCCACUUCAAUUGGAUUGGAUGUCUAUUGAAUCAAUGGCAACGAAACGUGAUCAUUCACUGUCAGCCCUCCCAUCUAUUGGCCUUCAACACGCCUCUCACCAACACGGCCAAAAUGCGCCGGCCCUUUAAAUCAUCCUCUCCACACCUCACGGCGUGCUAAACGAGCAGGCUCAAAUCUUUAACGUGGGAAGUCGACUGUAAAAUAUGCGAAGCAUUCAAGUACAAAGGACAUUCCAGUGAC